UGAAAUACUUCCAACACGCCUUUGCCUGCAGACUACGACUUGACGGGUCUUCCACAACGCUUUUCCCCCUGAUUUUUCACCGUUUUUUCUACUCUGAGAGCUCAACUUCAUUCAUAUCACACAACUUGCAAUUCUUAAUAUGCCGGCUAUUGUACCUUCUACCGUACCCCGCGCAGAUGUCUCCGCAAAGUCGCGGUCUUCUCCACAACCUCGCAAGACUCGCAUGGUCAAGCCCAGGGGAAGGGGGAGAAACAAUUUUGAGAGUGACGAGGAGUUUGAAAGAGAGGCCGCAACUGACUCCGAGUCCGAUGAUGAUCGUUCCUCAGUUGCCACUGAAACCGACUCCGACACAGAACCUGCCUCAGAGGACAUUAUUUUCAACGGCCAUUCACACAUUCUAACGCCCAAUACAACACAGAGCUCAGAGGAUGUCCCAUCACUCAACCAUCAAUCAGCCAAAGACAUCGAUGGCGACUCUACUCCUUUUUUCAGUGGCGCUGGGAAUUGGUCGGAGAUGGUCGCUGAGGAAACUGCCAAUGGCCCUGCGGAACUUCCAGUUAUAGAGUUCGCAGAUUUCAAUAGCCCUUCUAUCCCACAACAGACUUUGUCGGGCCCUCUCCCUCGUAAAACAAGUAAAGCGUCAAAGCGUCCCCAGCCCAAGCGCGCAGUCUCGGCGCCUUCGUCUGACCGUGGUACCGCGCCUCAGCACCCACCUGUUCACACUGAGGAAGAGGCUUCAGAGCCUGCAGAUGAUCAGCCCCAGGCAUCGACGUCUCGACAACAAUCCAGAAAUUCGUUCUCCAGGCCUCCUUCUGGACACAAUGCUCGUCAAGCCUAUCAGCAGAGGCUAGAGGCAGACCCCUCGUAUGUUCCCACCGUUGGUGAGUUUUGGGGCCAUGAUGAUCGGUUGUUGGAUAAGGACCUGAGGAGUCUGAGUGGGUGGUGGAGAGGACGCUGGCAGGGUAGGGGUCGCGGAAGAGGUGGGUUUUCCGGAGGUUUCGUGCGCGGUAGGGGCAGAGGAGCCUUUGCUGGUCCAGAGUCUAGUCGCCCUACACCAGAAGCCUCUGGAUCUCAAGAGACAGAGAAACCCCCAGUUGAACCCCCCCUUAUUGACCAGCUAUGGACCCACGACGGUUUCGAGGAGAUGAAGAAGCGAGAUGAAAAGAGGCGUACGGCUGCACCACACCAACCGCAGCAAGCAGCAAGGUCUACACGAGGUUUCUUGCCACUUCGUGGCAGGGGUGGAUUUAUCGCCAGCCGUGGACGUGGUGGUUUUGCACGUGGCGGUUUCUCCCCCUCGUCAACUGGAGCACACUUUAUUCCUCCUGCUGCCGCUGCCGCUGCAUCAGGCAGGACGUGGUACGCGAUGAAGCCCGAGCGUGUUUGGACAAAGCAACACGAGGGCUUCUUGUAUUUCGAUCCUGCUUUGAAACCUCGUCCUGGUCAAGGUCCAGGCUAUCGGGUCAAGCUUUCUGGCAAUGAAGGGAAGGUUGUCAGAAGCUCUGCUCGAACCACUCAAGCAGCAGAGCCUGCGCCAUCUGUGACUGCACCUUCAGAGGCGAGUGAGAAGACGUUUAUCGUGCGCCUACCCAAGAGGGCAGGGAAGGAGAAGGCAUCUGAACCAGCCCCUGAGGCUGUUGAGACUAUUACUACUAUUCCAGAUCCUCCUAUCGAAGAUGUUUUCACAGUUCGGCCAGGGCUCGUGCCCCCAAGGCAGCCCAUUCCAAAUUCGCAAUCAUCUUCGCCUCCAGCCAAUGACCACAAGCCUUCUACGUCAGUACAUGAUGUGCCUCCCAAACCUGCUGCACCAGCUCCUUCAUCACCUGAUGCCUCAAUGUCGCCGAAAGAGAAUAUCACGUCACCGCUUCUGCAGCAAAUGAUGCGUGCGGCCGCAGAUCAGCAGGCCAAAGAGACCGCAGAUGUGCCGAACGGCAUAUUGCAGGAGCAGUAUGACCAGAAUGCACCCGCUCUCCUUCAGAUCGAGCAACCCGCGUCGAAUCCGGAGUCUUCUGAUACCGUCCGUCCAUCAAUGCCCCCACCCCUGCAGACUGUGUUCUCGCCGCCAACGCAGCCCUCACCUCCGUACGGAUCGCCGUAUGGGUAUGGUUCUCCUCUACCACCCGGCGUUGCCAUCGGCCACCACGGUAUGCCAUAUGAGAUUGCCACAGGUCGAGCGGUAUAUCUCCAACACCCGACGAUGUACACACCACGCCCGUUAGCGCAUGGGAUGAUGACACCUCCAGGGCUCCCGUAUGCCCCUAUGCAUCACCAUUCCGCCAGCUCCCCAGAUUUCCUUGCACCGUCUCACACACCUCCUGUUAAUGGUUACAUUGACCCAUCGACUGGUAACCCGCUCUUCGCGUUCCCUCGCCAGAGUUCUCGCGUUGAGAUUCGAUCGCCAUCUUCUCAUUCGGAGCUCAAGCAGUUGAAGAGUACUCGUCGACCUUCCACUUUGAGGACGAGCGCAGCAUCGUUUGAGCCCUCGCGUCCUGCCAGUCCCAAUACUGAGUCGCAGACAUACCAGUCAUCUGCAGAUCAUUCCGCGCAGGAUGAUGCAAGCUCAAGCCAAGCCAAUGACCAGGCGAUGCCGGAGCAGGCAAUGGAGCCCACCCUGUACGGAUACUCGCCAUAUCAUCAGCCGUACUACUAUCCCGAGCCCUACGGGUACUCCCAGUACUAUGACAUGUCUCACGUCCCACAGUACGAGAUGUAUCCCACCGACCCACAUGCUUCUCAGGCGGUUUACUAUUAGUACUAAUCCUCAUGUUGUUAUAUUUUCUGCUGUUGUUUUUCGUUCUUCUGUUCUUGCUUUGGGAUACAAACGUACACCGCUAUCCACGACCGUUUCAUUGCUCACGAUCUUGACGUCCUCAGCAGUUACCCUCACAGACUUCAUAUUGCUCCAAUGCGUUUCUUACCUUACUCAUGCUGUUUCACUUGUUUUUCUCUUACUGCAAUACUUCUCGGGUCUUGAAUAUGAUAUUGGCUUGUUGUUUGAACAUUUUACUCAUGUAGGCUAGUAGCGUGUUGCUUUGCAAUGCUUGAUCUCUUCCCCACUUUCAAUGAGUUAGCUCC